CCCCCCAAGCUACAUUUAGAACUGGCAGCUUCCAAGGGCCGCCCGCUCCUGCGCUGGGAUCGUUGCCUCCGCAGGAACGUUGUGCAAGCCGGAGGGCCCCGGGGGCGUCUGCAAGCGAUGGCGACCCAGAUAGAUGGGGGAACUUCGAGAAACAGAGGAGGCACCCCCCAACCUGCCCCCGUGACUGCUGGCAUCAUUGUCAUCGGAGAUGAGAUUUUAAAGGGAUACACGCAAGACACCAAUUCUUUCUUCAUGUGCCGCAAACUCCGCUCUCUGGGGGUGAAGGUGGCCAGGAUCUCGGUGGUGCCGGACGAGGUGGAGGCCAUCGCCACCGAGGUUAAGUCGUUCGCCAACAGCUUCACUUACGUCUUGACGUCGGGCGGAAUCGGCCCCACUCACGACGACGUCACCUUUGAAGCGGUGGCCAAAGCCUUCGGGGAAGAAAUCCGUCCCCACCCAGAGAUGGUGGAACUCGUUAAGAAGUUUUUCGGCAAGCAGUCCAAGCCGGAAAGCUCCAACAUGAAGCUAGCGUGCGUCCCCGAAUCGUCUCUCCUCAACUACGGGGUGGACGAGAAGACGGGGCGCACCUUCCCGUAUCCGCUGAUCAGCGUCCGGAACGUCUACGUUUUCCCCGGCAUCCCCUCGUUGAUGAAACGGGCCCUAGAUGGUCUCGGACACCUUUUCCGAAACGAGAAGACCCAGUUUCACAGCCGGGAGAUCUACGUGAACGUCGAAGAAACUCGGAUCGCUUCGGCGCUUAGCAAAGCCAACGCCAAAUUCUGGCCUCGCACCAACCUGGGCUCGUAUCCCGACUGGGUCAGCAACUACCACCGGGUGAAGCUGAUCUUGGACUCGGACUCGGAGGCCGAUCUGGACGAGCUGCACGCUUUCCUGAUGGAGAAGCUGCCCCAAGGGGUGGUGGUGCCCUUGAUAGCCGAUCCCGUCUCCCGGGCUGCGACGGAUGUCUACGGAUUGGCUGAGUCCGGUUCUCCUCUCGGCCAGAAGGUGGCAGCAUCGCUCAGGACCAUCGAGGAAAGCUUGGAUAACUACAGUCUCUCCAAAAUCUGCACUGGGUUUAACGGAGGGAAGGAUUGCACCGCCCUUUUGCACCUUUGCUACGCUGCUGUGCAGAAACGAUAUCCAGAGAAGCUGGAGCAGCUGCAAACCCUUUACAUCCGCACCGUUCUUCCCUUCCCGGAGAUGGAAGAAUUUAUUCAAGCUACGGCUCAGCGGUACAACCUGCGCAUCUGCGUGGUUCACGGGAACAUCAAGGAGGCCCUGGGGAUCCUGAAGAGUCAGCAGCCGGAUCUGGAGGCCGUUUUCAUGGGCACCCGUCGGACGGACCCCUAUUCCUGCACCCUCAAGCCCUUCAGUAUGACGGACCCCGAAUGGCCGCAGUUUAUGCGAGUCAGCCCUCUGCUGGACUGGACGUAUCACGAUAUAUGGAAUUUCCUUCGCAGCCUUUACAUCCCCUACUGCAUUCUAUAUGACAAGGGCUACACCUCGCUGGGCAGCAUGACCAACACGCAAAAAAACCAGGCGUUGCGUUACACAGACCCACAAGGCCGGGAGUCCUACCGGCCGGCUUACGAGUUGGAAGACGAAAAAGAAGAACGCCUCUCCCGCCAUUGAGCCUCGGUCGCGCCUGUAAGCCAACAAUGCUGGUUUAAGCAAGACCCUUCCCACCCACCGCCCCAAAAAAGGAACUUAA